AUGAAGCCCGUCGUUUCCGCCUUGAACGCCUGGUCCUGCGUCAUCAUCUCCGUCUUCGCAAUGAUCAUCCUCUCAGUACUCGGCUCACUAUACAGCAGCAACAACCACGCAUACACCGGAUCAGAAGGCGAACCCGAAGAUGGCCCCGCAGUCGCUGCUUCCAUCUACACUGCUGUGAUAGUCUAUGCUGGCUUCUUCGUUUUCUGCGGGUUCCAGGCUUACCUUCACAUGCGCGAUAGCAGAGGUGGUGCUAUAUCACUUCAUUGA